ACUGAUCAUUCUAGACUCUACGAUCCUAAUUUGAGAUCGGCAAUUUCCCUUUUCCCCAAAAUCAUCUCAUAGCGGUCAAACUUCACUUUAACUAAUCACAUUUUCCAUCCAGAGUCUUAUCUGUAAAGGCUAGUCUACUGUCUAGUAUUAGAUUAGAUAUGUCUGUGGUGACAGUGUGAGGUUGUUUUGAAUUAUUCAAUGAAAGAAAAUGAAACAUGUGAUCAUAAAAUAGUGUAUUGUACAGCCCCGAGUAAUAACCAAGACCAAUUAAUUUAUAUGAUAUUUUAUUGAUAAACUUUUAAAUUGCUUUGGAGAAAUGACCAGAAACUGUGAUUAUGAAUUAAGUUGGGAGAGCUGUCCUGUGGAUAUUAUGUUAAUUAUCUUUAAAACAUUGAGUAUAAAAGAUAUUAAUAGUUGUUUUCAAGUUAAUAAGACAUGGAGGAAUGUAGUUACAUAUUAUUGCGAUCGAUAUAAUCUCUGGCAGAAGUUAGUUCAAGAAACAAUCUUUAAUAGAGGAAUAACUGUAAUGGAUCAUACAUAUUCUAGUGGAGGAAACAAGGAGAUUUAUUUGAACUCAAUCUUAUGGCAUGAUCUAUCUUUGGCUAAAUGUGGAAUAAGUUAUGUUGAUGCAGUAAAUGCUAGGCAAAUACAUGUUGAUAGUGAUUGCUUGACUGUAGUAUUUCAUGACAAAGUUAUAGUUUAUAAUGUGAAUAAUUUAAUUCCUUUAGAAAAAAUACCAAAGAACUAUGAAGACUUUCAGUGUAAAGGGGACUUAAUAGUAAAUGUAGUAAGACAGUCAUUAGGAAAAUACAUGUUGAGUAUAAACAAUAACUGCAACUGUAAGAAUAAAGAUGUAUCUUUUCACAUACCAAGCCCACAUCUUUGGAGUAUGAAUAAAACAUCCUGCUACUUUCUGGACACCGACUACACAAUUUGGAAAUAUAUAUUUGGAGAUUGUGAUAAUCAUUGCCACUUUAUAGCAAAAUAUUAUGGAAACAGGAGUUCUGUUCAGGGACUUUUUAUGGAAAAUGAUACUGUACUAAUGGCCUUAAACAAUGGCAAAAUUUACCUAUAUUUGGAAGUAGAUGGACAAGUGUUACAAAAAUACUUUUGGGGUCAAAUUGAUUUUCAAUUACACUGGCUAGAUACAAGCAUCGCAAUUUAUGGAUGUCCAUCCAAUGUGCAAUUAUCAGAGACGUGUAAUUCAUUAAUUUUUCCAAACAUAUCAACUGCUACCCGCCAUGGAAAUAUUAUACUGCUUGGUUACAACGAUGGACUUUUAGAGGUGUACGAUUCAAGUAAAAUUUAUUUUAAAAAACCACUACAACAGUUUCUUCUGCGUUUCAACGAUACACAGAUGCCGAUUCGUAAAAUAGUGGUGCAUGAAGGCUAUCGCACACAUACUAUUUUUGCUUUAGUCGGCAACAAGAUUUCCAAAAUUCAUCUCACACAUGAAGCAGAAUUUUAUUUUUUUUAAGUUAUGCAAGUGAACAUACAUGGAUAUGCUUACUGCAAAUACAAAGACAAUUAUUUUUGUAAUAUAUAAAGUUUUAUUA